GGUGAAGACUGCAGGCGAAGUUUAAAACGAAUACAUAUUAGUGAGGUAGUAUAGCGAUGGUGCGGCGCGCAGAUGGCGGGCGUCGCGCUGCUGGUGCUGCUGCCGCUGGCAGCCGCCGGCCUGGCUGACCUCUCGCGCAGGGACAACGGGGACGUCUUCACUCUCUACGGCGACAAAUGCGGCCCCUCGCAGUGUUCGGAGCAUGGCGCGGGCACUGUUGGCCCCAGCAGCCCCGACCGCUGCUCGUGCGCGUGCCCCCAACGCGCCCCCCUGUUCCGGGAGGAUCGAGAACUGUGCGUUGAUGAUUUGCCAGAAUGUUCGCUAGCGAUUUUCGGCAGCGGGGGCAGCGUGCAGAGAAUACCUUUUGUCUACUUACCGCUGAAAGGCCAAAUCAUACACCCGUCUAAAGACAUCGUCUUCCCAAACGUGAAAACUCCAAUAUGUGCUGUAUCUGGCGCGCAGUUUCUGACCAGGAAGGGUUUCCUGGACCUACGUAACACACUCGAUGCCGAUGUCCCGUUUGCUCUGUUUCGUGAUGAAGGCCGAACUUUCCUACAAUGGACAGGCGAAGACGACGUCAGGUCCCGCAUGUCAGGCCGCGUCAUGGUGGUGCGACUGCUGUGUCGCGAUGUGUCGGCCAUGCCCACCUCGCCUCUCGACCUAAGGGGUGUGUUCACCCCAUGCGUCGCCUUCAGGGUGCAGGGAGCCCCACCACGACAUAUUAAUAAUAUAACAGAAGUUCAGUUUACUCCAAACGCACAAACUUCUGUAGCCAGCUCUUCAGGAUUGUCAGUGGCAGAAUACGUAGCUAUUGGAAUCAGUUCCCUCCUACUAGGUCUAAUAUAUGUUGCAUCUGUAUUUCUCUAUUUGCACAUCAAAAAACGCCGUCAAGCUGUAACAGAAGCGAACAAUAAAAGGAUUCUAAAGAACCUAAAAGGCAAUGGAGGAUCUCCCAUCACGGAAAGAGAUAUUAUAAGGAUCACGAAUGAGAGAGCCAUUUUGCCUAACAGUAUGGGACAGGACGAUGGAGUCAUUAAAAAGAAUCCUCUGUUAACGGUAGGACGUCAUUUGUACGAUAGAAAUGUUUCAAGUGAUUUAUCUGAUUGCGACGAUAAUGGGGAGAGAAGCGAUGGGCAAGGAUUUCAGAACUCAACUAUAUCUGCAAUCAUACAUCAGCGAGCCGAUGAAGGAAGAAAUAUCGAUAACAACGAAUACAACCACCGCGAAGAACCGAAUAUCGAACGACUGCCCGAUGAGCACGUAUCUAUUGUGGAAACAAUAGACGAAAGAGAAAUAGCUAGACCAGUGGGUACUACGAGAAGAAAACUAUAUUUCAAUCCAGCAUAUUUUGAACCACAUUUAAUGGCCGACCCUCCAGCUGCAGCGUUAGAAUUCCUGUCAAAAAUCAGAGAAGUGAUUGCAAUCGCUAAACAAAAGAUGGCAGCGAAGCGUUUUCAACCGAUCUUGAAUGAAAUACCAGAAGAAGAAACAUACCCGUCGUACGAAAACAGCAUUGACUACUACCAUAGGGUGGAUAGUCAACGUAGUGGAAGUAUUGUUAGUCUCAAACGAGAAAACAGUCGGAGGAAAUCCGUCAAUUGUUUGGGUUGUCCCGGCUGCCAAUCCAAUAACAAUAACGAAAUUCAAAAUGUGGCUCCUAUCAAUCACGUAGCUUGCAAUAACUGUAGACGCUCUAAAGGUGAAUUGCAGCAAAGUAUACGAAAAUGGCUUGAAAAUAUUCCCCAAGAAAAACAACCUCCAUCGUGCUUUGAAAAUAUUAAUACGACCAAUCAAAGCACAUUGGCUUCAUCGCUACUUUCUCUGCCACUAACAGUAAACAAUUAUAAAGCACAAGACUCGAAUAGUGACACUUAUAAUUCUUUGAGCGAUUUCGUUUUGCCAAAGAGACCUCGAUCAGCUAAUUCAGAACCAAUAAGCAAUUAUAAUAUGCCACCAGAAUUUAAUACAAACAAAACGAAUAACUUAAGCCGAUGCCAUACAGUUUCACACGUCAAUGAAAAUAAGAAUAUUAUUCAUCAUGAUUGUAGAGGUGGCAGUCUAAGAAAUAUCCAUGAUGUAAAUAGAUAUAAAAACAAUAGAACGUUUAUGAAAAACAAAAACACCUUGCCCGAUAUGGUAAAUGAGGCUAUAGAGUUAGAAACAAAAACAUCAUAUAAUCUGAGUAGCUCUGAUGAUGAAAGACUAUGUAAGGAAAAUAAUAUUGUUAAUGAUUACGAAACAGAUAGUUUGGAGCGAACGUCUCAUAGAAAAGUUAAGGGCAUAGCUAGCGAUGUAACCGAAUUAUCGUCAUCCCAAGCAAGCCCGAGCUUGAGUACUGCAUUACCACUGGAAGAAGAACUAACGAUACGAAAUGACAUUUACAAGGUGAACUGCAGCAGUAAUAGUAACACGCCAUCGCCAGACAAUAACAUACUAAUAGAACACGAUCAUUACGAAUCUAUAGAAGCAAUAAAGUCUAAAUUCCAAAAGAAUACAAACAAUAUAUCCAGUUUGAUAAAGAAGAACGCUGAUUACAAUUUGGUAAGCGAAGUGUACGUCAAUAAUAAUUAUAACUUCGGCAGCGCACCAACAUCUCCCAGUGGUUCUGAAUGUUCUAUGGGAAGUAGAAAGUUUGUUGCACUCAAUAACUCUGAAGAAACGACAGGACCUUUAACCAUAGAAGUAAAGGACCCGCCUGAAAAUUACAUCAAAAUUCACGAAUCCGAUGGAUUUGAGCCGGACACUUUGGAUCGGAAAUAUUCGAAGCAGAAAGAUCUACUUCACCAGAAUAUAUCCAAUCAAAUAGAAUCCUAUAGCUGUGAAGAAGGCAAGCCUAAGCAACGCUUUCAACUGAUGAGUAGCGGUACAUUUUCUAUUAAAAAUAUGAACGGCGAUUCUGGAAAUACCUGUAAAAGCCUUGACAUAGACCAGAAAUAUUCCAAAUUCUUCCAUAAUGCUGCUUUAUACAGUGGAUCUAAGUCACUAGAAAAUACAGCCGAUGACGAUUGGGAAGACACAUUCGACUGGACAUCAGAAGAAGGUAGAAUAUUGACUUUAGAACUGAGACACUCUAAAAGACAACGUCAGUGCACGCCACCCACAAUCAAACAGAUGAAGAACUUACCACGUCCUGACGUCCUCCCACCGCUACCUCCUGUUGAAUUAGGUUCGAUAUACGAAAAACCCAUCAGUCCACCUAGAAGAGUUGAAAGAGGUGACUUUGGAGUGACCAAAAUAAGCCCUGGCUCUAAACCUCACGGAGAAGCAAAAGAUAAUUUAAAUUCGCUGACGUCUCCGUACAGUUCCUUGCAAGCAUACUCUAUGCCUUCGUCGCAGGGUAUUUCAGGACCAUCCUCUCGAUCUGAAUAUGACGAAAACGACAUAAUCAAUUGUUACGAUAACGAAAUAGAGAAAGAAGAACCAGGUGACUGCGAUGGUGCGAAGGAACAGGUAUACGACAUGGCGUUUUCGAAUAGAAUAAACACUAACACAUUCGUAAAGGGCGUAAAAAUUGACACAAGAAAUAGGUUCAGACGAAAAAAGGGGCUGAGCAUUGAAGAUUCGGGUUACCUUAGCAGCGAUUCUACGAGUUCGAAACAAACGAACCCAAAGAAUUUCCAGAAGAAAAUAGUUGUGGCAAAAGUAGUUAGUUGCAGUGAGAGUGAGGACACUGAAAAUGAAGCGAGGAGUGAAAGUGGUGCUGAAAGUGUAGAGACACAUUCUGUAUAUUUCGACAGUAAAUAUAAAGACAAGAAAAGUGAUGACAACUUUAGUACUCGUGUUAAAAGUGUUAGAGACAAAAGAAAAGUAAAUACCUAG